CUGAGACACAGAGCACCUUCUAUCCAGACCAGACCUGAGAGACCUAGGGAUAGGGAGUGACUGCUGCAGCCCAACACCAGCCCAGAGAACUAAGGGACCCAGAGAGACAACAGCCCAGCACCAGGGGACAAGGGGAGACUACGACAGCCCAGAAUCAGGGACAGACCACUGCCCCAGAUCAAAGCACCAAGGACAAAGAGAGACGACAGCCACAGACCAGCACCAGAGCACCUAGGGACAGGGAGAGACUAGUUCCAGAGAUGGCCUCGGCCGGCCUGGAGAUCCUGGGUAUGAUUCUUUGUGUGUCAGGCUGGCUAGGGGUCAUGGUGGCUUGUGGCCUGCCAAUGUGGAGAAUAGCUGCUUACAUUGGCCAGAACAUCGUCAUCUCUCAAGUGAUCUGGGAGGGCCUGUGGAUGAACUGUUCUGUCCAGAGCACGGGCCAGAUGCACUGCAAAGUCCACGACUCCAUGCUUGGACUCCCUGUGGACCUACAGGCAGCCCGUGCCCUGGUCAUCGUCUCUAUGGUGCUGUGCAUCAUGGGCAUCGGCCUGUCUGUAGCCGGGGCCAAGUGCACCAACUGCAGCUCAGACACAGGCAGCAAGCCUCGCAUGGUGCUGGGGGCCGGAGUGACCUUCAUCGUGGCGGGGCUGUUGCUGCUGACGGCCGUAUCGUGGACGGCUAACACCAUCGUCUUGGAUUUCUAUGACCCAAUGAUGGAGGAGACAGGGAAGAGGGAAGUGAAGACACAUGUGGACUUACUUACAAAGGAAGGUAAAAACAACAAAAUGGCUGUGUUGGGACUAGAAAUCUUGGGAGUGAUCCUGGCUGUCCUGGGUUGGAUAUUAAGCAUUGUGUCCUGCGCCCUGCCCAUGUGGAGGGUGUCCGCUUUCAUCGGGGUCAACAUCAUCACAGCUCAGACCAUGUGGGAGGGCAUCUGGAUGACCUGUGUGGUGCAGAGCACGGGCCAAAUGCAGUGUAAGGUCUACGACUCCAUGCUAGCCCUCAGCUCCGACCUGCAGGCAGCCCGAGCCCUCACAAUCAUCUCUAUAGUUGUGGGCAUCAUGGGGGUGCUGGUGGCCGUGGUGGGGGCUAAGUGUACCAACUGUGUUGAGGACGAGACGGCCAAGGCCCAGGUGAUGAUCGCAGCCGGGAUGGCCUUCAUCGUAGCAUCCCUGACCCAGCUGAUCCCUGUGUCCUGGUCAGCCAACAGAAUCAUCAUGGAUUUCUAUAAUCCCAUCUAUAAUCCCAUCACUCCUGAGGCUCAGAAAAGGGAGAUUGGAGGGGCUCUCUACCUGGGCUGGGCAGCAGCCGCAUUACUCCUCAUCGGGGGGGGGGGGAUCCUGUGCUGUAGUUGCCCCCCACAGCCUGAGAAGAGGUAUGCAGGGCCACCCUCACGGAUGGUGUACUCCCCAAUCAGGUCUGUGGCCCCCAGCGGCUAUGACAAAAGAGACAAUGUUUGAACUGACCUGCGUAUCUGGCAGCAGCUUUCUGCUCACGUUUUUCCCACAGUCGAUGAAGGACAUCUGAUACCAACUUUUGAAUUCCAGAACAUAUCAAAUGGGGGUGAUUUCUACUGAAACUAUUUUGUUAUAUGUUUUGACAUGAAGAAAAUGCUGCUUUUUAGUGGAUCAUUUUUGAUGGUGCUCUGUUGAAGAGAAACAACAUCAAACUGGACUUGAUGUACUUGGAUUUCAUACUGUAUGUCUAUUUAAAACAUACAUAGGUGUUGUAGAUAUUGUUUUGGAAUCUUACUAUUUGAAAUGAGUUUAAUUAAAACCAUCUGCAUUGUUAGAUUUUAUAUUCUAUAGACUGAAUGAAUAACAGCUUAUCUUGUGCAUAUGUUGGAUAACAAUGUACCAAAUUCUGACAGUUUAGCAUCUUUCGUUAAGUGUGAAAAUAUGAAUGAUUUUGAUGUUUAAAGUGUGUCAAUUUCACAAUGAAGACUGUUUCAUAA